AUUACACCACCACAUCGUGUCAAAUCCAUUUCAAUGGCCACCUUCACUCAAGAUGAAAUUGAUUUCCUUAAGGCCCAUGGUAAUGAUUUCUGCGCCAAGACAUGGCUGGGAUUGUGGGAUCCCAAACGUGCUGUGCAUCAGGAUCAACGCGAGCUGAUGAUUGAUAAAUAUGAACGUAAACGUUAUUACUUGGAGCCGGCUAGUCCUCUUAAGUCCCUAACAAAUGCCACAAAUCUUAAGACUUCGUCGUCAGGAGCAACAACAGCAGCAACAUCCACGUCCACAUCAUCAUCAUCAGCAACAUCGAACAAUAAUCGCAGCAACAGUAAUAACAACAAUAGCACACACAACAACAAUCACCACUCCCACAUACAAUUAACUCCGCCCACUUCACAACGUACUACAGCGAAUGGCCUACACAAAUCCUCCUCAUCGGCCAUAAGUCGUCCUCAGCAUAGCGGUAACAGCAGCAGCAGCAAUAACAACAACACAUCGCAUCUUCAAAAUGGCUUCAAUACCGAUGCCUUUGGUCUACACAAUGGCUUAAAUUUAUCGGUGGGUUCCGCCUCAACUGGCGCCCUCUCCGAUACCAGCAGUUGUGCCAGUGCCAAUGGGUUUGGGGCCGAAGCAGAUUUUGUUGCCGAUUUUGGUUCAGCUGAUAUUUUUAAUGCCACCGUGGCCAGUACGAGCCCAGCCUCAUCGGUGGGUUCAGCAUCGAUAACAAAUAACGGUUAUGCCAAAAUACAACAGCCACUGAAGGCGUCAUCCACACAAGGAGGAUCGACCGCCAUUAGUGCUCAGCAACAAUUUAUGAAUGGUUUUACCAGCAGCAAUGGUGGUAAUAAUGAGAAUUUUGCCGAUUUCGAUCAUGCACCGAUUUAUAAUGCUGCAGGUCUUCCAAUGUCGAAUGGUAUUACCAUUAAUAAUAAAAAUUCCAAUACAAAUGGCUUUAAUAACAAUAACAACAAUAACAGUAAUGUAAGCACAUCUCCUGCAGCCCCAGCAGCGGAUCGUUAUGCCGCCCUUAAAGAUUUGGAUGAACAAUUGCGUGAAAGUAAAGCUGUUGCAGCCCAGGCUGCGUCAAUCGUUACCGCCAAUGUUGUUGAAUCUGGUUUUGGAAAUCCUACAAAUGGUACGGUUAAUCCCUUUGCCGCUCACAGCAGCAACCCAGCUGUUGUGGCAAAUCCAUUUCAAAAUAAUGGCAAUGCACCGCCGCCGAAUGCAACACAAUUGUUUGGUCAAAUGACUUUAAUACCAAAUGGCAUGGCAAAUGGCUUUAUGAAUGCGGGACAAAAAUCACAGGCCAAUGCGGGAUUUUUCAAUUAUACCGCCAAUGGUUUUGCUACCACCAAUAACAUUAACAAUAACAACAGCAAUAAUAAUGCCAGUAGUAUGAAUCCAGCCGUAGCAAUAACAUCGCCAGCCGGCGGUGUACCCGUGGCAACAUCCAUGUAUUCGGCGGGAAUACCAAAUGGUUGUGGCUUUGGUUUUGGUACAAUGCAUCAGCAGCAACAAAUUGCCGCAACGGGAGCUGGGCUAACGGCAAAUGCUUUCAAUAAUCCUUUUGCGGCUAGUGGAGCUCUAAACUCAAAUAAUCCAUUUUUAUGAGAUUUACGAAGCCUUAGAUACGCCAAUGAUCCUUUACUAAACUAUGAAAUGCUUAGACGCACCUAAGCCCCUCAACGAUUGUAGUUUAG